AUGGACACUGAGGAUGGCCACCAAUUCAUAAAGCAACUCGCCUACUUCGUGCGAACCCAUGAAAAGGCGCUGGCCAACGCGCUGCAACUGCAGAGGCGCGGAUCCCAAAAUGUCACCUCUCCCAUCUCGACCACGGCCAUGAGCCCUCCUGCCGCUCCUUCAGCCUCGUCGACCUCGUCUUCCGCCAGCACCUUUGCUGCCGCCCUAUCGCUCCCUUAUCUCAGCUUCACCUCGCAGACCGUCAAGCCCGUCAAGUUGACCCUGACCCCUCACCACCUCUUCUACUUAUUAUCUCGCUUCGAGGAAUUGGGAAUCAAUGUCGGGCCCAUGACGGUCCGUCUUGAGAACAUCCACAACGACGUCGCCCCUGGAAACUAUGUCUCGUUCCUCUCCGCCCCAAAGUCACGCGGACGUGCCUCAGAUGCCGAUUCUGUACGAUCUUCCUCGAGCGUACGCAGCGUCAUGUCGACCAUGUCAAGCAUGUGGUCACACUUCAAUCUCAGUGGACAGUCCAACAAGGAGGAAAAGCAAAAGGCAGCCGAGCUGGAAGAUCUGAAAUAUUUGUAUUCGGCUUUCACAAAGAUACCGUGUCUGCGUCUGUCUCCGGAUCACCGCUCCAAGCUGAUCGCUGGCUAUGAGGAAUUUCCCUUUGAUACCGCAGUUCCACUGUUCGCAUUCAAGAAUGUCAGCGCUCUGGAGAUCUGCGAUUUGGACUUCCGCCAGCUCUUCGGCUGGGACCGCAUGGCUGAGCAGCUACGCAGUCUUACCAUCAAGCGCGCGAGCAUUGAUGAUCUGGCUGACCUGACCAUAAACGUUGUCCUUGAUGAUAUGGACAAGCGCCGCCGCAGAUCGUCAAAGGCACCCAUACCUUCUUCUCCGGCUGUAGGAUGGGCGUCUGCGAACUCGAGUAUCAGAACUGCUGCCGAAUUGGCAUCUGCUUCAGUACCCAAUUCGCCAAUGGCAGAGGGAAGACGGCCAUCGAUCGGCAGUCCCCAGCAUUCAGCAGUCAAUAUGACGCGCACGGCCUCUUCCGAUGGUAAAAAGACUCCUCGUCUAAGACAGAGGAGUAUCUCGCCUUCCAGACCUGCUAGCUCGCGACACAAUUCAUCCUAUGGCCAUGGCCAUCCACCACGAAGUGGCACACCCAAAUUCAGACGCGAAUCGGGCAGCUCUGGUUCAAGCAUCCACUCAAGCACGCCGCGGAACAGUACAUCCAACCUUCUCGCACUCGGCAUUAUCCCUGCUUCUAAGUGGCGCUUCUUGCGUCACCUCAGUCUUGCUGACAACAGCCUGACCUUCAUCACAACUCACAGUCUUGCUCCUCUAGCUCAAACACUGCACUCGCUCGACCUCUCCUCCAAUCUCCUUACCGAGAUUCCCGAGAGUCUUGCCUCGUUGACCAAUCUAAGAGCCCUCAAUCUGUCCAAUUGCAUGAUUGACAGCUUGCACUCUCUUGUCCGCAAUCCUUUGCCCGCUAUCACUACACUAAACCUCAGAUCCAAUCGCCUCGUAUCUCUUGCUGGCAUUGAGCGCUUGUUCUCUCUGGAACGUCUCGACCUUCGCGACAACAAGUUGACCGACCCUACGGAGCUUGCACGGCUCACAAGGAUGCCUGAGAUGCAAGACAUCUACGUUGCAAAGAACCCCUUCAUUCGCACACACUCAAACUACAGAGUCACGAUAUUCAACCUCUUCCGAGCGACACCAGGCUACACUGAAGACGUCAAGAUUGACUCGACGGGUCCAUCGUACAGUGAGCGUAGACAACUGGUUGAUCGCGCCCCAGAACUACCAUCGGCACCGGUACCACUUUCGGUACCUGAAGAUGAGCGCUCAGACGAUGCAUUGAACAUGCCUGAUCUCGGUGAACGAUCACGACAGGCGGCCGCCGACCAUGCUCAAGGAUCGACUAGAUCAAUCGCCGACUAUUCGACGGCAUCUCAAAGGAAGAAGAAGGGCACUCGGCGAAGGAUUGUCGAGCUGUCGCACGAAAUGGGCUCUGAGCAGUCCAUCCAGACUGAUACACCGCCGUCGCCGCGUACAGCGACCAAGGCGACCGUGUCACUGGAGGAACAGCGCAUGACACGAGCAACUUCAUCGCCACCCCGACUACCACCACUGGACACGGGUUCUUCGAGUAUGAUGAUGGACGGCCUCACGACUUCGACUGAAGAGGACGAAGAGAUUGGUGUCAACAGUGAAGUCUACCGCCAGAAGAUCGAGACAUUGAAAAGUGAUCUCGGCAGUGGCUGGUUGACAGCAUUGAGUGAAGACAUGAAGAGUAGCACGGAAAGAGAAUACACUGCCAGGCCAUCAAUUGGAGGACAACGAACCGAUAGUUGGGAAGUGACUGUCGGUGGUAGAAGGUUGGGUUGA